GUCUAGAGAAGGGUCCCGGUGAUGGAGUCGGGGAAAGUGGGUGGCGGGAGCCCCGGCUCGCACUCGCCGGCCCUGCCUGGCUACGGGGUCAGCGGGGAUGGCAACGUCGAUUACAUUAUCAGUGAUUACAUGGAGCGGCUUGGAACGCGGCUAAACAUCCUCGAGACCGAGCUGAAGUAUGCUUGGCGCGCAUUGGAUUUGCUCAGUCAGGAAUACAUUAAGAUGUGGGAGAGGCUUGAGAAAUUGGAAGGUUUGCUCUACGAGCAGCAAACGGUAAUAAGUCAGCUGAUUGAGUUUUACGCUGGUGGCGGUGGGGGUGGACCUGGUGGUGGUCCUACCGGUGGUCCAGGGGAUACUGCCGGUAACGUUAGGGAAGCUUUGAUCGGUCAGCAGACGUCGGUCGGCGAGCUGGACGCUAUCGCUGAGAGUCUUGGAGCCGCAAUAGGCGUCGAGGAAACCAGCGUUCUCAGGGAGAAACUAGCUCAGCAGGAAUUGGCCAGGAUGCACGGACUUACUCAGGACAGCUCGACGGCAGCUGCCGCCGUGACGGACAUGCACAGGAACGUUCGAAACGUCGAGAGGGAGAGCACCCUUGAGACUCUCGAGGAAGAGGCUAACACACCGGAUGAAGCUUUUUACAGGAGCUUGAAUAACGCCUACAGGGAAGAUCUGAUCUGCGGGGAAACGUCCAGGCCGACUUCGCAGUUGGGUAUGAUAUGGGAAGAGGCUGAAGAGACUGAGGACGCUAAUGGGAAGAAAGAAGAUUUGAGCUUCGAGAAAACAUCCUCAAAGGAGAAACUUGAUGAGAACGAUGAGGGCAAUAAGCAUGAGGCUGAUGAGGAGAAACAGGAGGAGGGCGAUGACGAGGAUGAAGAUCAGGGUGAAGUGUUCAGUGCUGCGGAUUAUAAGAGCUACCGUGGAAAUACUCCUUGCAUCAGCGAGCAAGACCUGGCUCAGUUGUCCAGAUUGAGUUCUAUCGAUCAAGUGGCACUGGAGAAGCUUCACGAAUUGGAUAGGCUGACGUCACAACUCCAGCAGGACUCGCAAAAUCUGAUAGAGUUGCAAUCGCGACUAAUGGAGUCGCCAAAGAGACAGUAUGCAUCGGAGGCCGAAGCGAAGUUGGCCGAAGAGGCGACCAGCAUCGAUGAGCAGCUGAGAAAGAUCUAUGCGGAGACCGACGUGGACAGUUGGACGUAUUCAAAGAGUCCUAGUUCGACGGGUAGGUCCGUUUCGAGAGUUAGUACUGAUAGUGGAUUGGCGACGGAUGGUGACUAUACCACGAGAUCGAUUUCUCCUAGAUUAACCUUAGGAACCAGAACGGGUCUGGAUUCUCAUUCUGCGACGACCUAUACGCCACCACGACUGGGAUACACUUCGGCUCUCUUGGAGAAAAGUCCCGAACAGGUUAUACAGCUUCCGAUCGACGUGGGUAACUUCGCUAAGGGUUACGCAGAGAACAAGGAACUGACCGACCUCAUGGCUGAAAGUUUUGCUGCGGUUACCUGCGCUUCGCCAACUAUUUACAAUGCGACUACGGAAAAGAUUUCUUCACCGACCUUGUCGGCCGGCAGCGUCCAGAGUGUCCACAGUGUUCAGAGCCUCAGGACACGACAGGAUGGGUACCUGGGUAGCGGAGCGAGGUUAAAUUUGGAUUUCGCAGAGAGCAGGACCCCGCCAAGUCCAUCUCCGAGUUCGCCACCGCCGCCAGCUCCUCAGGACACGGGAGACAGUUUCCUGAUGCCGAGCGCCGACCAGCGUGAGCUACCCGAAAGCAAACGCUCGCAGAGUCCUGGAUUCCUCAGGAACACCGAGAAGCUUCUGGAACAGGGUAGACUAAGUCCGAGGACGCCGCACUCGCCGAAAUCGUCCCCACGCAUUUCACCGAAGCACACGAGCAAAGGCGCCGCUAUCGUCGCCGCCAAGUCUGACUCGGGUCUGUCCUCCAUGAGCGGCUGGAGUAGCCUAGACAAGUCUCCAGGCUCGCCGAAAAGUUCAAUCAGCAAAUUGCUCACUUCCUACUCGGUGGAUCAUACCCGCACUGCUCUAGCACCCACAACCCAGCCACUGAUGUCGGCCAGUCCGAUACCGCCCUUACCAGAAGCUGCGACAGCCCUUACUCAGGAACCACUCUACGACACUCCAGAAGGUAGGGAUGCCUUCGCGACUUCCGCUAUGGCGACGACGCAUUCCUUCGCCGCCACUGGGAAUCAUCUACCUGGUGCGGUGCUCGUUAAGUCGCCACCUAACAAAGACGAGUUCGGCUUCGUUCCACCCCCAGCACCCAGCGUGUCGUCCUGUUCCAGUCCGAAGAAAAGAGGACGACAGCAGAGCCUUCAGCAGGGACUGUCCCACACGUACGACAGCGUACCCCCUGGAACAGUCGACUUCUCCUAUCGCCCCGAGCAACCGGCUAUAUACUCUGUUGCUGGUAGCAACCGGCAACAAGCUGUCACGUGUAUCUACACCAGCGUAACAGGCUCUUACGGAUGGCGUGCCAGCUGUGCGGGAUACAUGCCUGACUCCAUGGAGCCGUAUUCGGGCUAUCAGGAUAAUUAUGGGCUACAGUAUCCAGAAGCACAUGGGAAGAAAGGAUCAUCCAGGACCUACGGGGAAGGAAUGUCGAAUCACGAAGGUUACAAAACGGCCAUGUAUCGCACGAUGUUUCCUACCGGUAACAUUACCGAUGCUCUCUCGUAUUAUCCCACGAGUGCUAAUCUACCGCGAACGGAGACCAACGAGAGUUCCUGGUUGAACUCGAUGGAAGGUCAGAUACCCCACGACUCGACGUCCUCGAGUAUAAGAUCCUUGACGUCCGACGGAAGUUACGCCCAGAGUCCGUAUACGGACAGAAGAUAUCCACAGCCGCCCUCCUAUCAAGCUCAACAGUACCAUACUUAUGCUAAUCAGUAUCCCCAAGGGUAUCAGCAGUCCUAUCAGCCCUACAGUCAGAGACUUACUCAUUCGGAGAGUGCGCAAUUGGCCGAUGGUUAUCAGAGACAGUGGCAGCGCGAACAUCAGUACAUUCAGGAUCAGCAGGAGGGCGGUAAAGUUCAAAGUGACCAGACACAACAUCAGCAGGGAGAUUAUUACGACACUUCCGGUGUUAUCGUGUCCCAGUCGGGAUACAUCAGCAUCGCUGCUGAUAUCAAGGACCACGAAGAAAACAAAAUUACUAAGAAGGUCAGGCGAGGUGCGUCCUUGAAAAAUGCUAUGAAUUCCAUGAGCAACUGGCUUCCGGAUCUUCAUCUGAGUAAACGGCAUCGAAGUCAGUCGUUGCCAGGUGGUGUCCGAAGGGAAGACCUGGACACCUCGCAGGAGCAACAGAGGUCGCAAGAGCCACGAGGUCGAGGACGAGGACAAGCCCCGCGUAAGAAGAAGAAGCAUACCUUGGUCUCGACUGUUUCUGGAAUUUUGCAGAAAGCCAAACGCAGGAGCCACCAAUCCCAGUCGCUCUCUGAUCCUGAGCAAUCAGAAACUGAAUGGAGCAGUGGGAGGCAGAGCGGACUCUCCGAAGACGAGGAUAGCGUUAUGUCUGAUGCCAAUCAAGAGCCUCCGUUCUUUGCCAAAGUCAAAACGAGCACCAGGCGAAAGGGUCAGCAAGCGGGUCCGAUAUUACAGCAACAGCAGCAGCAGCAACAACAAAAUCAACAGGGCCAACAGCAGCAACUGCAGCAGCAACAGCUACAGCAGCAACAGCAUAUGCAGCAGCAGCAGCAGCAACAACAACAGCAACAAAUCGAACUCAUUCAGCAACAGAAAAAUUUCAUGCAACAGCAGCAACAGCAAGAAUACAAAGAGUUCCUUCAGAAGCAACAACAAAGUCUUCAACAGCAACAGCAAACACUGCAACAACAAAUACAGCAGCACCAAGAACAGUUACAGCAGCAAGUCGCGCAGGACGUUACUAAGGAACGAAAGCUUGACGGAAGCGAGCAAGAAUUCUCAGACUGCGUUCCUGCGACCGAAGAAGAAGCUUCCGGAAAAAGUACUGGCUCGGGAUCCGGUGGCUCGUCAAUCUUUGCCACCGUUGGCGACAUCAAGAGAUCGGCCGGAAGUUCCGACGAGGCUCCCAACGAGAAGGCUCCGAAACUUCCGCCGGUGACGUUGAUGGGCGGUGCCAGUAUGGAGUUUGCCGUUUCCCGAGCUCUGGGAAAAUAUCGUCAACGUCAAUCGUCCACCGUGACGGAUGAACAAGCAUCCAACGAGGAGUCCACCGUCGACCGGAAGUCCGACGACGGUGGGAUAAGUGGCGCACCUUCGCAGGAAGCCGCCUACGAAUAUCCGGAAGACGUUGUCUCGGAGAAAAGUGAGAAAUCUGGUAGCGCCAAGUUACCGGAACUGGUGACUAGUGUCUCGGAGGAGGCUCCGCCAUCGGAAGGAAGUCCUUCCGCCUCGAGUCUCCGAGGUCAUGGGCCUGGUAACAGGUUCUUACCAAGACACCAGCAGUCCCUGGAAAUUCCUUGGAGUGGUCGGGGGGAUCCGGACGAGGACAAUCGUAGUACUCAUUCAUACAGAAGUACCUCGAGAGUUUCCUCCAGAAGACAAAGUACGGAAGACUCCAUAGAUUCCGAGGACGAGUGGUACUGUUACGAGCUCAGGAAAUUGGAGGAGCUGGAGAGGCAGUCCCAAAUGGAAAUUGAGAUGGGUGUCGUCCUGGUCGAGGAACCUGAAGAGACUGAACCUUACGAACCGGACGAGGACGUCAAGGAACGCAUGUCCUUUGUGUUACGGGAACUUCGGCUCAAGGCCAAGCCAAGGGACGAGGUCGUCGAGAAGGAGAUCAAUAAAGGAACCAGGAUCAAUGGCACGGUCAAGGACACCAGAGGAGGCCGCGAAGUAUUCCGUGAUGAGAAACCAAUACCAAAGCGGAAGACAGCCGAGAGCGUGGAGACAGUUUUUGCAAGAGUGACUGACUAUCACACCUGGGCCCACGAGGAAGAAGCAAGAAAGGAGGAGAGACUUCCGGCCCCUAUGGAGGAAGGUUCCUCAGGUGAGACCUCAGGUCCCGACAGUCCAAGACAGUCGAUGGACGAAGACGAAGGUGAGGAGGAUGAAGAGGAGCUGGCCAACGAGGAGCGUUCACGAAGAAGCUCGAGCGGCUCGACCUUGAGGCAGGAUCGGGUGCCUCCUGGCUCGGAUUCACUUUCUCGCGAAGGUAGCGUAAGUGUAGCAGCUAGCGAAGUCUCAGUGAGCAUCCCAGGUGGCUGGGACUCUGAAAGCACUGUGAUUGAAGGAGAACGCGAAGGGGCCGAAAGUGCUGAGACCGGAACCACAGCGACGCUGAGCCUACCGAAGAUCAAGAUAGACUCCUCCUCGUGCGGUAGCUCGGACGCUACCCUGAAGGAGGGUCAGGUCAGCCCUGGGCCGCCAGGAUCUAAAUGGAAGCUUCUGAAAGCCUUGAAGGAACGCAAGGCCGAAGAAAAGCUGAAGGAGGUUGAAGAGGCCAAGGACGCCACGAUCACCCAGGGACCCACGGCAAAUCCCAGCGGAGCUGGAGGCGAAUCUGGAGGACGAGCCAAUGGGCAUCCCGGCGACAAUCCCUUCUACAGCAACAUCGACAGCAUGCCGGAUAUUCGGCCACGUCGCAAGUCUAUACCCCUGGUCUCCGAGCUGGUGGGAGACAAGACAAUGGCAGCCACCAAGAGGAACGCUGGGUUGACGUCCGCUGUGCCGCGAGCUACUUUGAACGACGAGGAACUGAAGAUGCACGUCUACAAGAAGACACUCCAGGCGAUGAUCUAUCCCAUUUCCUCGACCACGCCGCACAAUUUCGUCACCUGGACUGCCACUUCGCCGACUUACUGCUACGAGUGCGAGGGGCUGCUCUGGGGUAUAGCCCGGCAGGGAGUUCGGUGCAUGGAGUGUGGCGUCAAGUGUCAUGAAAAGUGCAAGGACCUUCUCAACGCGGACUGUUUGCAACGGGCCGCUGAGAAGAGCUCGAAGCACGGAGCCGAAGAUAAGGCGAACAGCAUAAUCACCGCCAUGAAGGACAGAAUGAAGCAGAGGGAACGGGAGAAACCGGAAAUCUUCGAGCUCAUCCGCACAACGUUUUCAGUCGACCCGGAUACACACAUAGACAGCCUCGAACAGGCAGAAAAGAUCGUCCUUGAGGGUACCAGCAAGUGGUCCUGCAAGAUCGCCAUUACAGUGAUCUGCGCCCAAGGACUCAUCGCCAAGGAUAAAAGCGGAACGUCGGAUCCCUACGUGACGGUCCAGGUCGGUAAGGUGAAGAAGCGUACGAGAACGAUGCCCCAAGAAUUGAAUCCAGUCUGGCACGAGAAGUUUUACUUCGAGUGUCACAACUCUUCGGAUCGGAUCAAGGUGCGAGUCUGGGACGAGGACAAUGAUCUGAAGUCGAAGCUGCGCCAGAAGCUGACACGCGAGAGCGAUGACUUCCUUGGGCAGACGAUAAUCGAGGUCAGGACCCUGAGCGGUGAGAUGGACGUCUGGUACAACCUGGAAAAGAGAACCGACAAGAGUGCAGUAUCCGGUGCCAUCCGGUUACACAUCAGCGUGGAGAUCAAGGGCGAAGAGAAGGUCGCACCGUAUCACGUUCAGUACACUUGCCUCCACGAGAACCUCUUUCACAGUCUGUGCGAAGAGAAUGGCGGUAUGGUCACGCUACCUCAAGCCAAGGGCGAUGACGCUUGGAAGGUUUACUUCGAUCCUCCUGGAGAGGAGCUCGUUGAUGAGUUUGCGAUGCGUUACGGGAUCGAGAGCAUCUAUCAAGCUAUGACACACUUUCACUGCCUGUCGACGAAGUACCUGUGUCCGGGAGUACCGGCCGUAAUGUCGACCCUCCUGGCUAAUAUAAAUGCCUAUUAUGCUCACACGACGGCCAGUUCGGCUGUUUCCGCCAGCGACAGAUUUGCCGCCAGUAACUUCGGGAAGGAGAAGUUUGUCAAGCUGCUGGACCAGUUACAUAAUUCACUGAGAAUCGACCUGUCCAUGUACCGUAACAAUUUCCCGGCAUCGAGCCAAGAGAAGCUGAUGGAUCUCAAGAGCACCGUUGACCUAUUGACGAGUAUCACCUUCUUCAGGAUGAAAGUCCAGGAACUGUCAAGUCCACCGAGAGCCAGUACCGUUGUGAAGGACUGCGUGAAAGCAUGCCUGAGGUCGACCUAUCAGUUCCUCUUUGAGAAUUGCUACGACCUCUACAACCGAGAAUUCCAGGUCGACCCUAACGAAGCCAAAAGGGACUCCGAAGAUCACGGUCCCAGGCUGGACUCGUUAGACUUUUGGCACAAGCUCAUCGCCUUAAUAGUCUCUGUUAUAGAAGAGGACAGAAACAGUUAUGCACCUGUUCUCAACCAGUUCCCGCAAGAGCUGAACAUCGGUCAACACUCGGCAGCCACUAUGUGGAGCCUGUUCGCUGUGGACAUGAAGUACGCCCUCGAGGAACACGAACAACACAGGCUCUGCAAGUCCUCGGCCUAUAUGAAUUUACACUUCAAGGUCAAGUGGUUACACGCUAAAUAUGUGGCAGACGUGCCGCCGUAUAAGGGUGCUGUUCCUGAGUAUCCAGCUUGGUUCGAGCCCUUCGUCAUGCAAUGGCUUAACGAGAACGAUGACGUUUCUCUGGAGUAUCUGCACGGCGCCUUCAACAGGGACAAGAAAGACGGGUUCCAAAAGAGCAGCGAACACGCCCUCUUCAGUUGUUCGGUGGUAGACGUCUUCACUCAGCUGACGCAAUGCUUUGAUGUCGUAUCCAAACUCGAAUGUCCAGAUCCUGAAAUUUGGAAGAGGUAUAUGAAGAGGUUUGCCAAAACGAUAGUAAAAGUUCUGUUGGCUUACGCUGACAUCGUGAAGAAAGAAUUUCCUAGUCAUCUAAAGGAGGAACGUAUCGCGUGCAUUCUCAUGAACAAUAUCCAACAACUGAGAGUCCAGUUGGAGAAGAUGUUUGAGUCGAUGGGUGGCGAGAAGCUUCAGGAAGACGCAGCAAACAUCCUCAAAGAAUUGCAACAGCAGCUCAACGGAGCUCUUGAUGAUCUGGCGAUGUUGUUUGCUUGCAGUCUUGAGCCAAGGAUAACAGCAUCAGUACGCGAACUGGGCGAUCUUCUUCUUGCCAUUAAGGGUGGUGGUCAGGUCACACUGACGCAGCCAGCACAGAGGAAUGCCGUGGCCGUAGAGGCUGAUGAGGUUUUGAGGCCAUUGAUGGAUCUCCUCGACGGCAGUUUAUCUUUGUAUGCACAGUCCUGUGAGAAAACGGUUCUCAAGAGACUCCUCAAAGAGUUGUGGAAGAUAGUCAUGAGAAUCUUAGAGAAGACAGUGGUCCUGCCACCGAUGACAGAUAAGAGUAUGAUGUUCAAGAAUUUGACUGACAACGCAAAGAACUUGGCCGCCAACGCGAAGAUCGAGGAUGUGUCAAGAUUGUUCAAGAACCACAUGGGUGGUAAGCCGGACGUUAAGAAUGCACUCAGCGGGGUCAUGGAUAUUUCUAAGGAGGUUGAGAAGAAUCUGUCGCCAAAGCAGUGCGCCGUCUUGGAUGUUGCGUUGGAUACGAUAAAGCAAUAUUUUCAUGCCGGUGGUAAUGGCCUUAAAAAGAAUUUCUUGGAGAAGUCACCGGAACUUCAGAGUCUUCGUUACGCCCUGAGUCUCUACACCCAAACGACUGAUACACUCAUAAAGACCUUUGUCACGUCUCAGAUUAACGAGGUGCCGCUGAAUGAUGCGUCAACGUUGCGUCAGCGUCAGCGCUCGAUGAGCAGCGAAAGGGGGGACGAGGGCGAAGGAGCCGAGGGCAUGGAAAGCCUCGAGGAACCCCUUCGCCAAAGCAAGCCCCCCCUACGUCGGGAGAGUCGACAAGACACCACCGGCUCGGACGAUGGACCAGUUGGGGAAGUUAGCAUCCAAGUUGACCUCUUCACUCAUCCUGGAACCGGCGAACACAAGGUCACCGUGAAAGUCGUCGCUGCUAACGACCUCAAAUGGCCUUUGGCAACCAGCACGUUUCGACCGUUCGUCGAGGUCAACCUGAUAGGACCACAUCUGGCUGAUAAGAAAAGAAAAUACGCUACCAAGUCGAGAAGUAACAAUUUGUCACCAAAGUUCAACGAAACGUUUCACUUUAUCAUUGGAAACGAGGAACAGCUGGACUUUUUCGAGCUUCACAUUUGCGUAAAGGAUUAUUGCUUCGCUCGUGAGGAUCGUCUCGUGGGAGUCGCUGUGAUGCAGCUGAAGGACAUCGUGGACCAAGGAUCCUGUGCAUGCUGGCUCUCCCUUGGCAAGAGGAUCCAGAUGGACGAGACCGGCUGGACGAUUUUGCGUAUCCUGUCGCAGAGGAACAACGACGAGGUCGCCAAGGAGUUUGUGAAGCUGAAGAGUGACAUUCGACAGGAGAAUCCAAUGCCGAAUCCCACUUGAAGCGACACGUCUGAAAAACUAGAAAAAAGCGAAUCGUAAAUCGAACUUCCAAGAAGCUCGAGAGAGCUUGACGCAAGACGGCCAUGAGGAUGACCUUGCCUUGAAUCAGACGAUCGCCACGUUGAAGAGCAGAGCCUGAGCGAAGAUCAGACCCGAAGAGAGAGGAGAGAGAAAUAGGUGGUGAUCCUUGAACUUCGCGAGGCUGGACGUUCGAUCCUGAAAAAAUCCUAGAAUAUCCAGAUUAGUCGCGAUUCCUCGAGCUGGCGGGACGUCGAGGAUUAUUAUUUUUACGCCUUGUUCCUGACUAGGGAUACUACCUCGAACGUAAUCGAACUGCAUCCCUGCGGUUAUCAACCGAUUGGCGAGCGGACCGAGUAAACGAGAUAACUCUGGACGCGACAAACAGUGCUGCCAGUGCGCAAUAUUCGGUAUUAUUCAUAUGUAACGAAAAGAGAACUUAUAUAGUGCGAAUUAUGAGCUCGACGUCAAGAGCUCGGAAAGACUUGCUCGCGGAUCCAAGGAGAGACUCCAGGCUGAAUUAUACCAAGAGAAACGGGAUCCGUGACAAACGCUUUCGUUCGUUUCAAGAACGCUUCGAAAUCGUUUUGAAUCGACUUAUAUUAAAACAGAUUGGCGAACGCGCGAUCGUUCACUCGCUAUGAUUCACAUACGCAUGACGAACAAUCGAGUGAAGUAGGGCACAGGAGUCUCUGCGUACGUGAGUGCGGGCGCGAAAGAUUAUAAUAUUUAACGUGACGACGGCGACGGCGAUGACGACCUAUCGGCAAAGAGAAGAAGUCAGUCGUCGAAGGCAGUCGAACUUUUGAACGUGAAUCGAGCAUGAGAGAGCGAGAACGAGAGAGAGAAUGAAAGGAAGAGGUCGUUGCUCCGAGGACUGUUUAUUGUAGAUACGUGAAGUUGUUGAGGAAGAGUUUUUUCUAAUAUAAUUAAGGUAGCAUUGCGUACGACCAAAAGGCGCGUCCUGAUAAUACUCUGGACGCGUCGCUAAUAAUAAUAGGCAUUGUAAUGUAAAGUAAUGUUCGUAAUCGUAAGGAUUAUCAGAGAUCGUAAGAGUCUGACUGUUGACGUGAACGCGGCGUAAGUGCCGCUCGAAAGUCGACGCCUUUCUCAUUUUUGAAUAAGUCACUGUUCUUUAGUUUUUUGCCAAUUUAUCGAGCUCGCUAUUCACGCCCCCUCACACUCUCUCAGUGUUGAUUUCUUUUUUUAUAUAUAUAACAGUCUGGCCAAUUUUCUAUCGGCUCACGUCAGCUUUCGAGAGGGCUCUUCGCCAAUAGAGGAAUAAGGCGCGCGCGACUUUCAAACCCGAAAAAAAAAAAAAGAGUUUUCAUCGCACGCUUCGCGGUCCAGUGACUACGCAUCAUCUUCAAAGACAA